UGAUUCUGUAGAUAUCUUGAUCAUCACCAAUCCCCACAGACUUCCCAGAGACAGUACACUACUCACGUACAAUCGAUUCAUCAUGGGCAAGAAACGCGUAUUGAUCAGUUAUGGUGUUGACGUCGACGCCGUCGCAGGCUGGCUAGGCUCCUAUGGGGGAGAGGACUCGGUCAAUGACAUCAGUCGAGGUAUCUUUGCGGCCACUGUAGGAACCCAGAGACUGCUGGCCAUGUUUGCCAAACACGACAUCAAGACUACAUGGUUCAUCCCAGGCCAUUCCCUGGAGUCAUUCCCAGAGGACAUGGCUGCUGUGCGUGAUGCUGGCCAUGAAAUUGGUCUUCACGGAUAUUCUCACGAGAACCCAUCCGACAUGACUCUAGAGCAGCAAAAAGUGGUCUUGGACAAGACAUUCCGUCUACUGACCGAGUUCUGUGGAAAGCCACCUAAAGGAAGUGUGGCUCCUUGGUGGGAAACUAGUGCCGAAGGUGCUCAGUUGCUUCUUGAUUACGGAAUCGAAUAUGAUCACAGUCUAUCACAUCACGAUUGCCAGGCAUACUGGCUACGAACUAACGACACAUGGACCAAGAUCGACUACAGCAAGCACCCAGAUCACUGGAUGAAGCCAUUAGUCAAAGGCCAGGAGACAGGUCUAGUUGAAAUUCCAGGAAACUGGUAUAUCGAUGAUCUCCCACCGAUGAUGUUUAUCAAGAAGGCUCCCAACAGCCACGGUUUCGUCAACCCUCGCGACGUCGAGGACAUCUGGCGGGAUCAUUUCGAUUACAUGUACCGCGAGUACGAUGAGUUUAUCUUUCCCAUCUCUAUUCAUCCGGACGUCUCAGGUCGACCUCACGUGAUUCUUAUGCAUGAAAGACUCAUUGAGCAUUUCAAGAAGCAUGACGGUGUCGAGUUCGUUCCCAUGGUGGAGAUGUCCAAUGAGUUCAAGAAGAAGAACCAAUUUCCAGAGGGCGCCUAUCUCCCUCAAGAUCCUACAGCAGUCUUGAACAGGGAGCCACUUUCCAAGUGAAGCAUGAUAGAAGAUGAAACCGACGCUUAGUCCUCUCUAAUGGCAUUGAUAAUUCUCUCACUCCAUGCU